CACAUGCUGGCUUUGAAUAAAUGAGAAACAUAAGCAACAGAAAUGUAUAAAAGACGAUGUGGCACAUAAAAUUUUGAGUGAAGAUAUUAAAUCUUUCAAUAAAUUAGUUUAUUAUAUUUUUCUUUUAAUGUUGUGACUUAAUCCGGAUCAUACCAUUAAAAUUUUAAAUAGCCAAUAAUUGUUAUUAUGUUUCUGUUUCAAAAGACAAGAUGAAGAUUGUAGUAAUAAUUUUAAGUAUUUUACAAUUUUUGAACAUAUGUAAACUCUCAGUGGCUUGGGAUGAUGAAGAGUUGGAAGUUUUUGACGUUGUGGAGGAAGUAAAUCAGAAUUUUUAUGAACUUCUUGGAAUUUCAAAUGAUGCUAAUUCGACAACUAUUAAAAAAGCUUUCCGUCAGUUAUCACUCCAAUUGCAUCCUGACAAAAAUGAUGCACCAGAUGCAGAAGUAAAAUUCAGGAACUUAGUUGCUGUUUAUGAUGUCUUGAAAGAUGUCAACAAACGGAAACAUUAUGAUAAUGUUCUCGUUAAUGGAUUGCCGAAUUGGCGAUCUGCGGUAUACUACUACCGACAUGUUCGAAAAAUGGGAUUGCUGGAAAUGAGUAUUAUAUUAUUUAUAGUAAUAACUAUUGGACAAUAUCUUGUUGCAUGGGCAGCUUAUUUUGAAAAAAGAUAUACUUACGAACAAGUAUUAGGUAGUAAAUUACAAAAAUUACAAAAAAAAAAUCGUAAAACCAAAACGGAAAUUCCCGAUCUAGCAGAGAUAUUGGAAAAAAUACCAACACCAAGUGUUUGGAAUACUCUACCAUUUCAACUACCUUGUUGGACUGUAGCCUCCAUCGUUGGAAUUCCGUCGACAAUUCGAGCGAUAAAAGCUAUGAUUGAAGAACGGAAACGAAGGAAACAAGAGGAAGAAGCUGCAUUAGCUGAAGAAAAUGAAGAAAUGGAAUCAGAACCAAUUGUGCGUGGUCCUCGGCGUCGUCGGGCAGGCUUCAUACCACAAGAACAAAGUGGAAAUAUCACUGUAGAAACGAAAAAAAAAGAAAACAUUAAAUCGACUAAUGUUCAUGAAAAGCCUAAAUAUACUGGUGGACUAUGGACUGAUGAUGAUAUUGCAGAAUUGAUUAAAUUAGUUAAAAAAUAUCCUGGUGGUACACCAGAACGAUGGGAAAAAAUAUCGGAUGCAAUGAAUCGGAGUAUUAGUGAAGUGACACAUAUGGCUAAAAAAAUCAAAGAUGAAGGUAUAAAGCCUGGCCAGCAAUCAGAUGAGAUUCCUAUAAAUACACAACCGAAAAAAGUCAAAACUCGUGUUGAAGUUGUUGAUAAUGUUUCUACUUGGACACAAGAUCAGCAGAAAGCUUUGGAAUCAGCACUCUUGAAAUAUCCUAAAGGAUCAUCUGUUGACAGAUGGGAAAAAAUUGCGAAUUGUGUCGACGGAAAAACGAAAGAAGAGUGUCAGAUAAGAUAUCGUCAGUUAGUUGAUUUAGUGAAGAAAAAACAACAAGAUAUGAAUUAAUAAUUUGCCAAAUAUUUUUAUAUCAACAGUAUGUUAAUUUAAAAGAUUUUUACAGAAACAAGUUAUCUCUGUGUUACCAAAACUGGUGCAAUAUUGAUAAAACAUAAAAUUAUUAUACUUGGAACUACCUAGACACCGUUGAUUAUGUUCUAAGUUCUUUUAAUUGAUGACAAUCGUAAAAUAUUUUAUACACACAACCAUAAAUUAAAAUCAUUGCAGAAGAGUUACUAAUUUAUUUAAAAUAAUACGUUCUGUAAAUAAUGUUAUUGUCUUAUUUCAAUCAUAAUUUAUA